ACGGCCGCGAGGGGGCGGCCCCGCUGCGGGGCGGGGCGCGAGCGGGCGCUGGGGGCGCAGCGGGGCGGGCGCGCGCCGCCUCAGCACCGGCCAACAUGGCGGCGCGGCGGCCCCGCUCCGCCUCAGACCAUGACAGUGACGACGACUCCUAUGAAGUGCUGGAUUUAACAGAGUACGCCCGGCGUCACCACUGGUGGAAUCGCUUGUUUGGCCGGAACUCAGGACCAAUCGUAGAAAAAUACUCUGUAGCCACACAGAUUGUGAUGGGAGGUGUGACUGGCUGGUGUGCGGGAUUUUUGUUCCAGAAAGUCGGAAAGCUUGCAGCAACUGCAGUAGGUGGUGGCUUUCUUCUGCUUCAAAUUGCUAGUCAUAGUGGAUAUGUACAAGUUGACUGGAAGAGAGUUGAAAAAGAUGUAAACAAAGCAAAAAAACAAUUAAAAAAACGUGCAAAUAAGGCAGCUCCCGAAAUCAACACUCUAAUUGAAGAGUCAACAGAAUUUAUCAAACAGAACAUCGUGGUGUCCAGUGGGUUUGUUGGAGGCUUUUUGUUGGGGCUGGCGUCGUAAGGACCCGAACACCUCUCCUUGAUGGGAUCCUUGAUGUGUCUGCAAGCAGUGUGGGUCACUGGGCCUGGGACAAGUGGACUAGCUAGACAACUUGGGAGCUUUUACAUUUCAGGCUUUUGCCUCUUGAAGCUUGGCAAAACUAGGAUUUGCUGAAAAACUGUGCAGUGUGCUCAUUAAAGCAUUUCUGGGCAAAACUGGUUCAUCCUCAUCAUGACUCUUUUUAUCUAUGGCCUUUCAAGAUCUAGCAUUUUUUAAAAUGUUAUUCUUGGAAUAUAGCUAUGUAACCAUACUAUGAGAAUGAAAGCUCCAUUUCUAUGUUUUCAGUUAAAUACUGUUUAUUUAAAAAGUAUUUUUCUUCAUGCUGUAGUAGGUAGUAUCAAUGACUACAUACUGUAUAUAAUAUUGUAGUUUCAGCCUCCCUGGCUGUCCAUCUCCUUUAGAAGUCACUGCAAUAAUGAUCAAUCUGUAAUACCUUUUUACAGAGUAUUAAAUAACAAAGAAUCAUGAGCUUAUUAAAGGUGAAAAUUAACUUUGA